GAAGAAGCGUGAUGUCUGGAAGAGGUAAAGGAGGCAAAGGCCUGGGAAAAGGCGGAGCGAAGCGGCACCGCAAAGUGCUCCGUGAUAACAUCCAGGGCAUCACGAAACCAGCCAUCCGGCGCCUGGCUCGCCGUGGCGGGGUCAAGCGCAUCUCGGGCUUGAUCUACGAGGAGACCCGCGGGGUGCUGAAGGUUUUCCUGGAGAACGUGAUCAGGGAUGCGGUCACCUACACUGAGCACGCCAAGCGCAAGACGGUCACCGCAAUGGAUGUGGUGUACGCUCUGAAACGCCAGGGCCGUAGGGCCCCAUUGGAUCUGUUACUGAGAAGUGGUAGAAGUGGAAUGGCCAGAACCAAGCAGACAGCGCGCAAAUCCACCGGAGGGAAAGCUCCCCGCAAGCAGCUGGCGACCAAAGCGGCCCGCAAGAGCGCUCCGGCCACGGGCGGAGUGAAGAAACCCCAUCGCUACAGGCCCGGCACGGUGGCUCUGCGGGAGAUCCGCCGCUACCAGAAAUCCACCGAGCUGCUGAUCCGCAAACUGCCCUUCCAGCGCCUGGUGCGAGAGAUCGCUCAGGACUUCAAGACCGACCUGCGCUUCCAGAGCUCGGCGGUGAUGGCCCUGCAGGAGGCCAGCGAGGCUUACCUGGUGGGACUGUUUGAGGACACCAACCUUGCAGUGGUCUACGUGAUGUCUGGAAGGGGUAAAGGAGGCAAAGGCCUGGGAAAAGGCGGAGCGAAGCGGCACCGCAAAGUGCUCCGUGAUAACAUCCAGGGCAUCACGAAACCAGCCAUCCGGCGCCUGGCUCGCCGUGGCGGGGUCAAGCGCAUCUCGGGCUUGAUCUAUGAGGAGACCCGCGGGGUGCUGAAGGUUUUCCUGGAGAAUGUGAUCAGGGAUGCGGUCACCUACACUGAGCACGCCAAGCGCAAGACGGUCACCGCCAUGGAUGUGGUGUACGCUCUGAAACGCCAGGGCCGCACUCUCUAUGGAUUCGGCGGCUGAGGAUAAACACCCCCUUUUCCAUGGAACACAAAGGCUCUUUUCAGAGCCGCCCAAACCCUCCAAUAGAGAGCGGAGACCUGAGGACGGGGAAGGCAGCGCAUAAGGAGGGGAUAGUGUAACGGUUCUUUAACGUGUCAUUUGUCGUUUUGCCCAGACACCGAUGUGGUACUAAUGCGGCAUUUGUAUUUCAUUGACCCUUCCCAAAACGACAGUUUAAUGAUUUUUGAUGCUGGGACGCAGGAUUUUUUCAUACCCUGCUCUGUCCAUGUGCCUGUUACAGACCGUUCAUGCGGCCGUUAA